AUGUCCGCGUCAUCAUCGCUUGGAAACUUGCCUUUGUGUAUACGCCCCCAAGCUCGGAUGCCAAUCAACAGCCCCCACUACCGCGAGCUCCUGUGCACCAAGCUCUCCACCAACUUCCGCGAGGCGACAGAGAUCGUGACGCACCCGCAGCUGCCGACGGCUAGCGCCGGCCACGUCGUGGUCAGGAACAAGUUCCUGGGCGUCAACGCCACGGACAUCAAUGUGACCAACGGCGUCUUCAACGAUAACCCGCCGCCCUUCGGCACGGGCCUGGACGCGGCCGGCACCGUAGUUGAAGUGGGAGCGGGAGUCGCGGGCGACUACGUCGUGUACGACAAGUUCGGCGCCUACGCCGAGUACGUGGAGGUGCCCGUCGGAUCCACCCACAAGCUGCCGGAGCUCUCCCCCGCCGCGCUGCCGCUGACUGUGUGCGGCAUCUCGGCAUCCAUCGCCAUCAAGGAGUGCGGCGAGCUGUCGACCAACGAGACGGUGUUCGUGACGGCGGCGGCCGGCGGCGCCGGUCAGUUCGUCGUGCAGCUCGCCAAGAUGGCCGCGCACUUGAAGAAACUCGGCUGCGACCGCGUGAUCAACUACAACAAUGAGAGCAUCGACGCCGUGCUCAAGAAGGAGUACCCCAAGGGCAUCGACAUCGCGUUCGAGACCAUCGGCGGCGAGAUGUUCAAGACCGUGUUCGACAACAUGGCCAUCCGCGGCCGCAUCAACGUGUUCGGCCACAUCUCCGAGUACCGCGGGGACAAGCCGCGCUCGCCCUUCACGGUCAGCGCCAUGAACGAGGUGCUGCUCAUGAAGGCCAUCACGGUGCGCGGCUUCCUGCUGCGCACGUACGCCGAGAUCAUCCCGACGCACAUGGCCAACCUCUUCAAGCUCAUCAAGGAGGGCAAGCUGCUCGCAGGAGUGGACCCGACCGAGUUCCACGGACUCGAGCAGGUCCCAGACGCCAUCGACCACAUGUACGCGCGCAAGAACAUCGGCAAGAUCUUUGUGCAGCUCCCGUAA